CAAUCGCCAGGGAGUUUUAUUGCGCAUCCCCGGAGCCUCAGCAAUGGCUCCAGGGUAACUUCUUGAUCCCUCUCUGUUUCCCCGCCCCAGCAAGGAGGCGGGGACGCGCCGGGACUGGAGGUCCGAACCGGGAAAAUGGGCCCGCGAGCGAGGCCAGCGCUUCUCCUCCUGAUGUUCUUGCGGACCGCGGUCCCGCAGGGGCGACAGCUGCGUUCGCACUCUCUGCACUACCUCUUCAUGGGUGCCUCAGAGCUGGACUUUGGGCCUUCCCUGUUUGAGGCUUUGGGCUACGUGGAUGACCAGCUGUUCGUGUACUAUGAUCAUGAGAGUCGACGAGCAGAGCCCCGAGCCCCGUGGGUCUGGAAUAGAACCUCAAGCCAACUGUGGCUGCAGCUGAGUCAAAGCCUCAAAGGGUGGGAUCACAUGUUCACUGUUGACUUCUGGACUAUCAUGGACAACGAUAACCACAGCAAAGAGUCCCAUACCCUGCAGGUGAUCCUGGGCUGUGAGAUGCAAGAGGACAACAGCACCAGGGGCUUCUGGAAGUAUGGGUAUGAUGGGCAGGACCACCUCGAAUUCUGCCCUGAGAUGCUGAAUUGGAGAGCAGCAGAGCCCAGGGCUCAGGCCACCAAGCUGGAGUGGGAAGUGCACAAGAUUCGGGCCAAGCAGAACAGGGUGUACCUGGAGAGGGACUGCCUUGAGCAGCUGCGGCAGUUGCUGGAGCUGGGGAGAGGUGUUCUGGACCAGCAAGUGCCUCCUUUGGUGAAGGUGACUCAUCAUGUGACCUCUGCAGCGACCACUCUUCGGUGUCGGGCUUUGAACUUCUACCCCCAGAACAUCACCAUGAAGUGGCUAAGGGACAGGCAGCCACUGGAUGCCAAGGAGGUUGAGCCUGAGGACGUACUGCCUAAUGGGGAUGGGACCUACCAGGGCUGGGUAGCCUUGGCUGUGCCCCCUGGGGAAGAGCACAGAUACACUUGCCAGGUGGAGCACCCAGGCCUGGACCAGCCCCUCAUUGCCACCUGGGAGCCCUUGCCAUCUGACACCUUGGUCAUUGGAGUCAUCAGUGGGAUUGCUGUUUGUGUCAUUAUUUUGUUUAUUGGAGCUUUGUUCAGAAUCUUAAGGAAGAGGCAGGCUUCAAGAGAAGCCAUGGAGGACUAUGUCCUAGCUGAAUGUGAUUGAUGUGCAGCCUGAAGACUCAUUGUGGGGAGGAGAAAAAACUAGAGACUCAAAGAGGGCCACACUUGUGGAGCUCUUCAUGUUCAGGACAGAGUUGGACCUAACAGAGAGAAACUGCAUGAAGAACUCUCUGCUUUUAGCCUUCCCCUUCAUUUUCUCAAAAAGAUUUCCUCAUUUAGGUUUUUGAGUUCCUGCAUGCCAGUGACCCCAGCUGUGACCUCUGCCCCAGAGCUGUCUCUCAUGCAUCUCAAACUGCGUAUAGAGGCUUCCUUCAUUUCCUCUGUCACCUCUGACCCAUACGCCUAUCUCAUCUCCUACCUCUGGAAGAGGGCUGCUUAAAUCUUGAGGACUCACAAUUCAUUUUAACAUAUGAAAAACAUAUGAGAAACAUAUGAGAAACACUAUGAACCUUCUUCCCCCUGGGACAUGCACAAUCAUAUCCCUACCAGAAUUUUGCACACAUAUCCAGGCAUUUCCUGGACUCGUUCAACUUUCCUUUGAAUCCUUUCUUUCUGUUAUCCGGUAACUCAUCUGUCACCAAGCCUUGGGGACUCUUCCAUCAAAGUGUGAUCUGGGUCAUGGUGCAGAUGUGAAGUCUGUGGACUGCACGACCUUUCCUAGAAAAGGCAUCAUGCAUGUUUGUGUCUAUUAUGAUGGGUGUUUUAGCAGGUGGGAGGAAAGUGUCUUGAAGGGCCUUGGGGAGGGGUGUCUUUUGCUAAUUUGCACGGAGAUGUCAUAUAGGCUUUCAAAGAUUAAUGAUGCCUACAUUUGCAAUGCUGCUCUAGUAUGCCAGACUGGAAGCACCAUGAUAAUUUUCCAACUGGUCUCUGCUGACCCUCUCUUCUUGUUCCAAUAAUGAAAAUCAUGAUAAAGAUGGUGGUAAUAAUGAUAAUGUGGCUAAUACUUAUUAAAAAUAAAAGCACUCAGUUGGUGCCAGAUUCUGUUUGAAGCACCUACUUACAUGCCUUACUACAUGGUAGGUACUAUUAUCUCCAUUUUUUUCUUUUUUCUUUGAUGGAGAAAGUGAAGUACAGAGCAUCUCAUAACUUGCGGGGGAUAGAGACAGGUUUCAAACUCAGUCAUUCUUGCUGUUUGAUCCAUCUCACACCCCAUUGCAUUUUGGUGGUUUAGAUGCACGGAGUAAAUGGAGAGGGACGGAGAUGGCUAUGGAGAUGGCUCUUCUCUUGUCUCAUUGUGCUUCUCAGUGAGCUCGAAACAAAUGAAGGGAAACAGCAGAAAAUGAGCUACUGAUCCUCAGAUGCCAUGUUUUCUUUCGAAGUCCCUGUGGGAAGGACCUGGAAUGUGGCUCCUUUUCUCCUCUCUUGCUCUCUCUGGCAUCUAUAUCUUCGGCCCCCACACAAGGACAGUGAUUGGUGGGGACACUUAGUGGCUGUACUGAGCUUUAGACACAGUGUCCUCACUCAGUGCUUCCUGAGUGGUAUUUCCCUCAAUGAACUGGAGCAACCUGUCUCAUUUUGAGAUGGUUAAAACAGAAGCCACCAAAUGGCUUGAAGGAUGCCCAGGCAUCAUCUUGCUGGGAUCACUGGGAUUCUGGUUCUAAUCUCCAAUUGUGCACAUUCAAAAAAAUUCAUCUAACCCAGCUACUCAGGAAUUACUGGAUACUGGGAAAGAGAUUAAUCUGACCGUGUUCAAAAGUCACAUACAUAUAUCUCCAGAGGGCACGCAUUUACUUUAUGCUACUACAUAUAUUUGGCUGCAGAGCUGUGGUAUAAGCACUCUGUCUUGGAGGGCAGAUGCCCCUCAGGAGACCAAGUACAGCUCAGAAAUUUGUUUUGUAGAUACUGAAUUUGGGUGAAGAGAUUUCAACAUUUUUUUUAAUUAGCCAGUGAUCAGCUUUAUUAACAACUUGUAUAUUACCUGUUAGUAUUAUUGCCGCAUUAAAAUAUAUAAAAUUAACAAAUACAUAUAUUUUAAUAAAUGUAUAAUUUUGUUGUGUGCUGCAUGAUUUUACUGAUGUUCUCAUCUAUCUUAUGUGUAUACUUUAAUCUGUCAUUUUGAGAAUAUUUGUAUUGCUUCUAAUAUUCUUACAUUUUGUUUUAUGGAAUAUUUUCAUUGAAAUGUGGUAGCUGAAUUAAUUGUUUUUCUUCACUGUAGGGACCUUAUCGUCUAAGUUAUAAGAAAUUGGCUAUUUUAACUCCAAACCGUGCUGGAAACACACUAACAAGUUCUUCCUCUCUAAAUAUCAUCCUAUAUUCAAAGUGGACUUCCCAAAGGCUUCACUUGCUCUUCUACCUCAUGAAGGAUAUGUUAACAAUUAAUUAGGUAACAGUUUGUUUUAUAUUGGUUUUAUUUCACAUGGGCUGAAAUUUCAAGAAACACCCUGGUCUUCACAGUAAUAUAUUUACUAAGCACCGGCAACUGUGGCCUGUUAAUUUUAUUGUUAAAUAAAAUUAUAAAUCAUCA